CGCACCUCCUCGAUCCCGCCAGCACCAGUGAACAUGAAUUUUGAAGGAACCAAGGUCGAGUACCGCCAGCUGGGCAAGUCGGGGUUGCAGGUGUCCGUGCCCAUUCUGGGCGCGAUGAGUUUCGGAUCGGACAAGUGGGCUCCUUGGGUUAUCAACGAGGACCAGGCCAUGCCUCUCCUGAAGGCUGCGUGGGAUCGCGGUGUGACGACCAUCGACACGGCGAACGUGUAUUCCAACGGCGAGUCGGAGCGGAUCGUCGGGCGGUUCAUCAAAAAGUACAACAUCCCGCGCGACCAGCUCAUCAUCGCGACGAAAUGCUUCGGCUUGGUCGCCGCGGAGCCCGGGAUCCGCACGUCCGUCACGCCGGGGCUGGACAAGCUCAAGGAGUACGUGAACCAAUCCGGCCUGUCGCGCGCGGCGAUCUUCAACGCGGUCAACGCGUCGCUCGAGCGCCUGCAGACGCCGUACAUCGACCUGCUGCAGAUCCACCGCUUCGACGCGAAGACGCCCGUGGAGGAGACGAUGAAAGCGCUGCACGAUCUGGUGGAGAGCGGCAAGGUGCGGUAUAUCGGCGCGAGCUCGAUGCGCUGCUGGCAGUUUGCGUUGAUGAACGAGGUCGCGGAGAAGAGGGGCUGGACGAAGUUUGUGAGCAUGCAGGACGAGUAUUCGUUGCUGUACCGUGAGGAGGAACGCGAGAUGCACCAGUACUGCAACUUCCACGGCAUCGGGAUCAUCCCCUGGGCGCCGCUCGCGGCUGGGAGCCUCGCGCGCCCGCCGGGGACGUCGACGACGCGGGCGGACGCGUCGAAGGGCACGCCGUUUGAGAACAAGCUGCGCGCCUCCGACGAGGUGAUCGUGAAGCGCGUGCAGGAGCUCGCGGAGAAGAAGGGCGUGCCGAUGGGGCAGAUCGCGCUGGCGUGGGUGCAGACCAAGGUCGCGAGCCCGAUCGUCGGGUGCAGCUCGGUGAAGCGCCUGGACGAGGCGAUCGUGCGCGGCGUCGAGCUGUCGGGCGACGAGAUAAAGUACCUGGAAGAGCCAUACGAACCCAGGCCGAUUCGCGGUCAUGCAUAG